UUUAAAUACAUUAAUUUUCUUGAAUUUCCGUACAGAUUUACCAAAUAUUGGGCUAGACCCGAGAUAUUACUUAUAUAUCGUCAUCGCCACUCCCUUAAGCGACUCUUGGCCUUUCCACCUAUAUUCUUUACCCUGUAGCAUCUCUGCUGUUGCUUCAAAUAUUUUGAACCUCAAUCCAUGACUUUCCGACUCUUGAAUGCUCCUUCUUCAAGCCCAAUAUCUCUAAGUCUAAGACUCCCUUCGUCUCCGAAACCCAGAAGAGCCUCAUCAGCUUCGGCUCCCAGAACAAUUCCAGCAACAGACUUUGUCAUAGACUUUGGCAAACACAAAGGCAAGAUGCUAGGCACCCUCCCUUCUAACUAUCUCAAAUGGAUGUCCAAAAACCUGCGUGCCCGUGACUAUGAACACUGGGCAAACCUGGCUGACCAAGUGCUUCAAGACCCUGUUUACCAGGACAGAAUAGAGUGGGAGUUCGCUGAGAAUGUUUUGCAUGGAAACAAUGCAAAAUUAACAACAAAUGACUCUUUCUUAUCCGGUAACCAGAGCGCAGUGUCUAUGUUGUUAGAGAUAAGUGAAAGAUUCGGUUGGGAUAAUGAAGAUAAGGCUGGCUGGAGAAAGGUUAACUUCGAGGUUCUUGGGACUAGUAAAGGUGGCAGGAUACCGAGAGUUGCGGAUAUGAACGAUGGUGAAAGCAAGAGUGGAAGAGAGGGAAAAGAAGUGAAACCUGGAGAUGGGGUUUUAGGAGAGAAGAGGAGGGAGAGAAGGGAGAGAGUGAGGUUGAAGACAGAAGUGAAGUUGGAGAUUAAGCAGAAAAGUGGGGAUAGUUUCGGACAUGGGGUUGAUGGUGGUGUCAGGUUGGACAGGAGUCAAGGGUCUGAUAAAGAUCGGACGGUGGAGAUUUACAACCCAUUUCCUGGUCGUGAAGCUCUCUUGAAGAAGGUACGUAACAACCGUAGAAGAUUUUUGUAGUGUCCCCUUCAGAAUGCAUUUUAACAGUUGAGAAUGCUGUCCAUGUAUUUCUACAAUG